AUGUCCGCACAAAAUGAGGAAGUCGCACCUUUCACUAUCUUUACGAGGGCCCAGAAAGCCUUGAUUAUAGGAAUUGUUUCCAUUGUCGCAACUCUUUCGGGAUUUGCGUCUAACAUAUAUUUUCCUGCAAUACCUCAAAUAUCCGAAGACCUAAAUGUAUCAACCAACCUCGUCAAUUUGACCGUCACCUGUUAUAUGAUAUUCCAAGGGCUCUCACCGACAGUUUGGGGGGCUCUCAGCGAUGCCAAGGGCCGCCGCAUCACUUUUCAACUUACCUUGUUGAUCUUCUUCGCAGCGUGUAUCGGGCUCGCGGAAACAAAAAGUUAUGCGCAGCUUGUGGUUCUCCGUUGUAUGCAGAGCACCGGAAGUGCAAGCACAAUCGCUCUUGGUGCAGGAGUGAUUGGGGACAUCACCACAAAACAGGAGCGAGGGGGUUACAUGGGUGUAUUCCAGGGUGGUCUUUUAUUGCCAGUUGCAAUUGGUCCCGUCAUUGGCGGCCUGUUAGCCGACCACUUGGGUUGGCUGGCAGUCUUUUGGUUCCUGGCGAUAUAUGGCGCUGCUUGUUUUCUACUGGUAGUUGCUGCUCUCCCCGAAACGCUGCGGUCAAUCGUUGGAAAUGGUUCCGUCAAAGCCAAUGGUUUGGCGAAAUCGUACUUGGGGGUUUACCAGAGAACACGAUACUUCAAGAGUAUCGAAGAUAGCACGUUUGCGUCGCAGCAAGGUCAAGAACCCCCCAGGAAGGUGGAUCUGUUAGGAUCGUUGCGAGUUUUGACGCAUCCCAACACAUUUGUUGCCAUAGCAUUUGUUGGAAUCCAUUACAUGGUAUGGCAGAUGGUGCUCACGGCAUUGUCGACGCUCGCGAAAGGAGUUUACCAUACUAGUGAGAGCCAGAUAGGGUUGCUUUUCCUUGCCAAUGGAGUUGGGUCGAUCAUUGGAACCUUGUUGACAGGCAAGCUUCUUGACUAUGACUAUCGAAAGAUGGUCCAGGAAUGUGGUGGAGACGAAACACAUGUACCAGCGGAAAAGGCACGCUUGAGGACCAUCUGGAUCUGGAGUUGUAUACAAUGUGUGGCGGUCCUCGUAUUCGGUUGGACUGUGAACUAUGCCACGCACAUAUCAGUCCCGGUAAUUGCGCUCUUUGUGCUCGGCUGGACAGCGAUAUCGAUUCAGAGCGUGGUUUCGACUUUCUUGGUGGACAUUCAUCCUGGUCAAAGUGCAUCAGCCACCGCUGCUCUCAAUCUUGUACGAUGUCUGCUGGGAGCCGGUGGGACGGCGUUUGUCAAUCCAAUGAUUGAGAAGAUCAACGUUGGCUGGACCGCAACUUUCCUGGUUGGACUGAUGCUGCUUGUCAGUGUCGGGACAGUUCUCAAGGUGGUUCAUGGCGCACGAUUAAAGCGCGGGACUGGUUCUGCGCGUGCAGAAGAGGAUGCGCUGAGCAUCAAGGCUUGA